AUGCCGUCUGAAGCCCCUCUCCUACAAACAGAGGUAGAAAAACCUCAACAUUUUACAUAUUUGAAAGAGUUUCGAACACAACAAUGUCCGUUAUUUCUACAACACAAGUGUACACUGCAUCGACCCUUCACCUGUUUUCACUGGCAUUUUUUAAACCAGCGACGUAGACGACCAGUACGGAGACGAGAUGGGACAUUUAAUUAUAGUCCGGAUAUAUAUUGUACUAAAUAUGAUGAAACUACGGGGAUUUGUCCAAAUGGAAACGAUUGUCCCUAUUUACAUAGAACAGCAGGUGAUACUGAGAGAAGAUAUCAUUUAAGAUAUUAUAAAACAGGAACUUGUGUGUAUGAGACUGACCCAAGAGGACAUUGUGCUAAAAAUGGACCACAUUGUGCUUUUGCUCAUGGUGCAGGUGAUUUGAGACCACCAGUAUAUGAUAUACAUGAAUUAAAGACUGUUGAUCAGAUAGAUUUAGAAACCAUAUCAACUUCUCCUAGUAGUUUAGAAAAAGAACAAAUUUUAUCAGAAGAUCCUAAGUGGAAUGAUACAAAUUAUGUAUUGCAUUAUUAUAAAACAGAACCCUGUAAACGUCCUCCAAGAUUAUGUCGUCAAGGCUAUGCAUGCCCUCAAUAUCACAAUAGUAAAGACAGACGAAGAUCACCCAAAAACAAUAAAUAUAGGUCAACACCUUGUCCUAAUGUUAAACAUAGUGAUGAAUGGGGCGAUCCUACAUUAUGUGAAAGUGGUGAUAGUUGUCCUUAUUGUCAUACUAGAACUGAACAACAAUUUCAUACUGAGAUUUACAAAUCAACUAAAUGCAAUGAUAUGGUGCAGAGUGGAUACUGUCCAAGAGGACCUUUCUGUGCAUUUGCUCAUGUUGAACAAUUUGAUAAUGAUAAUAAUUCAGUCAGUAGUAGUAUUAGUUGUGGUUUAUCAGCGUCUGGUUGUCUAGGAUCUAUAUCAGGACCUAUUGGUAUACCACCUAAUAAAAUACAUCAAAGAGGUAGUGUUGGUAGUCUCUCUCAAUCACCACCCUCACCAUUUGGUAGCUAUGUUCACUCUAUGCUACCUUUACAUCAAUUAUCAAGUCCUUUUUUAGGUCAUCCUAGCAGUAGUAAAUAUCCUAAUUCUUUUACUGAAAUCAACUCUAUGUCUCCUCGUAGUGCUGGUCCACAAUCACCACAUAGCUUAUAUAAUAAUAAUAAUCACCAUAAUAAUAAUAAUCACAGUGGUGAUAGAAUAAAAGAUUCCAAAACUAAAAUAACAGAUAUAGAAACAGUAUUUAGAACAGCAUGUGAUAAUUGGAAGAAGGCAGCUGAUGAUUCGUUAUUAAAAGCUAAAAAGGCUGAUGAAGAAAAAUUACAUGCUGUUAAACAAAGAGAUGAGGCUGUUAGUCAAACACAGCGUUUAAGACAAGAAAUAGAUAGAUUAAAAGGUGGACCAUAUUUAAGGUGUUUAGUGAAAGCUAAUGAAGUAGAAUCUAUACCUAUAACACAAUUACGACAUAUACGGCAGCAGUUACAAUCAGAUUUAGAAAGAAUAGAUAAGGUGAUAAGUGAAUCAUCUGUGAAAUGUGUAGCUUGUCAAGAUAAAACAAAGACUGUUACUACAUUACCUUGUAAUCACAGAGUAUUAUGUGAUAGUUGUACAGCUAGGUCUAGAGAAUGCCCUUUAUGUCAAGUCAAAAUAAAUAUUUCUCAUGUGAAACCUUAAUGAUAAUAUUUCUUAGUUUAAUUUAUUAGUAAUUACAUUUAUUAUGUAGUGAAUUUCAUUCUAGCUUAAAUUGACAUUUAUUAUUAUUAAAAACAUGGAUAAAAUAUUUCAUUUUGAACAUUUGCUUGGUAAAAUUAAUUUUUAGAUCAAGUAUAAAGUAUAUAACCCAGGGUUUUUAGCCAAGUAUUUAAAAUUUAAACAUUUACAGCUAUUGAAACUUACAUAAGGUAGAAUCAACCUAAAAAAGACUUGUUAUGUAAUGUCAUAUAUUGGUUUAUUGAUAAACUGAAAUAGCAUUACUAUUAAUUAUACCACAUCUACAAAGGCAUGUUAAACAGAGGACACUGUUUAGCCUAAUACUUGCUGGUUAGUAACCAUGCAAGUCACAAUCCCUUCAAUAUAUAUUUCAUUGUAUUAGUAUGUCUUGGUGCAAUGGAUUUAUUAUUUAUGAUAAUUAUUGUCAAAUGAUAUGAAAAGAUUGUUUUGUUUAAGAAAACUCAUGUUAUGUGUGAAAUACUCUUGUUAGUUUCUUUUCUCUAUAUGAACCAUUUUCUCGACUCUAAAAGUUAUUAUUAAUCCUCUUUUGAUGACUUUAUUUUGAACUAUUCAAAUUUCCUGAAGUAUAUUGUUACAGUACAAUUCAAAAUCACAGAACUAGAAAGAAGAAUUGCCGGCUUUCUCAGUUGCAACUUGGAAUGGUUUUUUAUCAAGAUGUAAAAAAUUCUACACACUAACAUUUGAGAAAAAUUCUGGACCCCAGCUUUAAGGCUGAGUUUGUAUAUAAGAUAAAAGUCUUUUGUGGUUAAAAUUUAUGCAAUGGAUGUGUUUUUUUUGCACAAAAGAAUCUGAAUAAAUUGUAUAGUCAGAAAUACUGUACUUUAUUAUUUUCAGAUAAUUUGAAGACUAGAUGAGAUUUCUUGAUAUUAAACUUAUAUUUAAGAUAAGAUGUAUCUUAAAAAAUCUAGGUGUGUUUUAGUAGCCUUUAUGAUUGUUCUACGUUUUUCACCUUUUACAAAUGAAACACACAUAUUGAAGUAUUUUCAUAUUUGCUAAAAAUGAAAGUGAAAAUUUCUAUAUUGUAAAUGAAAAUACCAAUUCCUUCUAUAUUGUCAAAUUGUAUUGAGCCUACUUAAUCAAAGAAAGUGCUAUUUUAUUUAAUAGUAUAGGGUUGUGCUAUUAUUCUAUGUUUUUUCCUCUAUAUCAUUAUGGGUUGGCACAAUAUCUCAUAGUGCUAAUUUGUUUAAUUGAUAAAUCUUAUAAUCUCACAUUGCUUUGAUAUCACAUUAUGUUUAAGGUAUAUAUUCAACAUCUUAAAAAUUCUUAUACACUCAUUAACAGCUCUGAUCAAAGCAAGAAAUAUCCUUAUCAAUUUGAAUCAUACAUCUGUAAUAUGGAGUGCAAUACAAGUAUAGUAAAGUUGAUGGCUUAUUCUUUUUUGCUUUGAUGAGACUGGAAUAAUUUGCAUAUAGGCUAAUGAAAAUUUAUAUUAAUUGCUUAAAUCUAUGUUAAAGAUAUAUGCUGGUCAUAUAUUAUGUUUGUUACACCUUACCCUAUUUGUCAUUGUUCUCUCUGAACAAAGUCUAUUGUACUAUGAAAAUUCAAUGAAUGGUGUGAGGUAAUUGAAGGUACCAAGUUUGUGUCCAGUUAAUGCCUGAAGAAAUGAUUGAAAUAGGAAACAAUGUGAUAAAUAACAAUGAGUAUCAGUAUUAAAAACUAGUCAUUAUAGUCUACAUUAAUUAAUCUGUUAAUUACAUUGACAUUAAAUUAAUAGAUCUUAAUACUUGAUAGACACUUUAACAAUCUUUUCACACAUCUUUUAUAUGAUAUACAUGUUUUUUUUAUGGAUUACCAGUAUGUGGUCUAUAGCUGAAACUGUAUCUAUUGUCAGACGAGGUGUUAUGAAUGGUGUAUAUAGGAAUCAAGAUUAUGAUGGAGAACCACUAAAGAAAAGUUUGUGAUAAAACAAUAUUAUACUGUAUAUGUGUAAGAAUUUCAAAAUGGGUUUUGAUAACUCAUGUCAGACAUUUUGAGAAAAAAAAAAGAUUUCUUUGUUUUU